AUGGCCGAGACCGAACACGCCCGCUUUGUCUGCCUCACAUGCAGCUCACGCAAGAAAGCUUGUGACAAAGUAGUACCGGCUUGUGGUCCUUGCGUAAAACGCGGUCUGUCAUGCAAAUACGAUGAUUCUGGGAAGAAAGAGAAGGGCCCUCGGGCAUACAAUCCCGGCAAACAUUUUGUGGCUUCCGAUACUUGGAGCUCCCCGAAUAAUCAAGGUUUGGCUGCGCAUAGCAGCUGGACCAGCAGUCCGGAUACAGUAUCUUCGUCGAUAUCAGUGCCACAGUCGAUUCGUGACUCGCUGAAUCAGCAGGUUCAAGAUGUGAUGAACAUUACAAAUCUCACUGCAGAUGAUAUUAGUAGCCGUUACUUUCAGUCCUUUCACCGACUCUACCCUAUAAUCUCACCCGAGCUUUUUCAACGGGUAGCAUCAAAACACGCGCAGGGAAGCAAUAUCCCUCCAUCCACCGACUAUUCCAUAUUGAUUCUAGCUAUGUUUCUUGCCAUCACCCUGCCGGGCUAUCACCGGCACUCGGUUUUCUCGUUAACAGGCCAAGAACAGCUCUACGUCAGGAUCAAGUCCCUUCUCGCUCAAGUUCAGACCGUUAUAUCCCCAUCAUUGGCCUUUGUCCAGAUCAUGUUUAUUGUGACUAUCUGGGAGUAUACUCGGGCACGCCCAGAAGCUGCAUAUUCUUCCAUCAAUACAUGUGCCAGUUUGGCGCGAAUAUUAGGAGUAGGAAAUGAGUUGUUGGAGCAGUCAGCAUACAGUCAGGGCGCGAUCAAUAUUGACUUGGUGGAGAUGGAGAAAAGGAAUGUAGCAUGGGCUAUCCCAUUAUUAGAAAGGAUCGUCUUGGUGGAACUGAACAACAAGAAUAUACGACCCCUCUCACGAUACCCAAAUCUCAACUGUCAACUACCUCUGGAUUUGUUGCCGUCAGAUGCAUCUCCGAGUGCGUCAGUGGACUACCAGACCUCAAUGUCAGCCACGCUAUCUUCUUUUCAGGCUGGGAACGUUAGUUGGUUUGGACGCCAAGCGCAGGCAAUAUUUCUACUCGACCAUGUCCUAGACGUCGUGCGCGAUAUAUCAAGGACUAACAACAUACAGGCUAUACUUGGUGAAGCUACAGAGCUGGAAAUUAGAAUCCGUACCUUUCUUGUGGUGCUCUUGGAAGAGAGUCGCCGAGAAAACACCACUUUGUGCAGUGCAGUAGCUUUCUCUAUCAGAGCGUUGUUCCUUCUUCAUUGGACAAUACUCGAUUCUCUUCCACAAUCUGAAGACGUGGACAGCUCGCAAAUAAGGAACUUAUCGUGGAUAGCUCUCAACUCAGCCUGCAACAUGACUAUUGACGGUAUAGUGUACGCUGCGCAAGAUCCCAGCGCCGCCGUUCCUAUUUGCAGUUUAUAUAUUCUGCAAGAUUCCAUUCGAUAUUUAUCCGAGCAGCAGAAGGUUAUCGGCGAUGAGGCAACUAUUAGUGAUCUGAAUAUGCUGUUGCAUGCCGAUAGAGAAUAUCGCAGUACAUAUGUUUUUUGA